CUGUUCUCAAACACACCUGAACAAGUUAACCAGGGUCUUCAAGAUUAGGCCACUAGCCCACGGGCAGCACAUUGUCCAGUGAGAGAUCGCAGGUCGAGAAGAUGAACGCUCGAGUGUGCUGCUCGUUGAUCGCUGUUUUGUUGUGUCUCUCUGUGUGCUUGAGCACAACAGAUGCCAAAAAACAUGUCAGAGGAAAACGAAAUGCUCGUUUGUCACCAGCAAAGCCAGGAGUGUGUCCUGAUGACAAAGACAUGAUAGGAGCGUGUGUCGAGAAGUGUUUUGGUGACCGUGAAUGUCCAGAUGAUCAGAAAUGCUGCAGCAAUGGAUGUGGACAUCAGUGUAUGCCUCCAUAUACAGAAAAGCCAGGAGUGUGUCCAAAAAUGAAUCUUAAAGAUUGUGCUCAGUUGUGUUCCCAAGACGGUCAAUGUCCGGGUGAUCAGAAAUGCUGCAGCAAUAAAUGUGGACAUCGGUGUGUGCCUCCAUAUAAAGAAAAGCCAGGAGUGUGUCCAAAAAUGAAUCCUAAAGAUUGUGCUCAGUCGUGUUCCCUAGACGAUGACUGUCUGAAUGAUCAGAAAUGCUGCAGCAGUGGAUGUGGACGACAGUGUAUGUCUCCAUAUAAAGAAAAGCCAGGCGUGUGUCCAAAAAUGAAUCUUAAAGAUUGUGCUCAGUUGUGUUCCCAAGACGGUCAAUGUCCGGGUGAUCAGAAAUGCUGCAGCAAUAAAUGUGGACAUCGGUGUGUGCCUCCAUAUAAAGAAAAGCCAGGAGUGUGUCCAAAAACCAAUCUUAAAGAUUGUGCUCAGUCGUGUUCCCUAGACGAUGACUGUCUGAAUGAUCAGAAAUGCUGCAGCAGUGGAUGUGGACGACAGUGUAUGUCUCCAUAUAAAGAAAAGCCAGGAGUGUGUCCAGUGUCUUUCGCUGGAGUAAAAGGACUGUGUGCAGAAGAGUUGUGUGUCAGUGACUUUGACUGUCCAGGAAAUGAGAAGUGCUGCAGCUCUUUUUGUGGAGGACGUAUGUGUACACCUGCAUCUUAAGACAGAAGUGUCCCAGACACCGGUGGACACGCAGAGAACAUGACAAUUUAACCAUUGGAAAAAGCCACCCCCAAUCUUGUACUUCAGGUCUUUUUUGUCUUCCACAAAUAAAUCUGUUUAAAGGUCU